GAGAGAGAGAGAGAGAGAGAGAGAGAGAGAGAACUCUGUGCUCUGAGAACGCAUGUCCAGUCACUUCAGAACUGAACCUGGAUCAGCUGCACUUUGCUCACAUGUGACAAACCGGAGCCAUUCAUUGGUCAGUAAGAGUUGGUGGAGGCGGAGCCACAGUUCUGCGUGGUCACAUGACUGUUUUCAAACAGGCUGCGAGUCUGAUGCAGCUCCUCCCCUUUCUGACUCCUCCUCCUCUUCUUCAAAAUCCUGUCCUGUGUACUCACCUCGUCUUCAGAAGAGUCGCUCAGUGUGUGUUCAUGUGUGUGUUCGUGUGUGUGUGUGUGUUCGUGUGUUCUUCAGCAGCAACUCAGUCAAACCUGUGGGGCGUUCAAGUGUCUUUAAAGCUGUGGGAAAACAAUUUCCUUUUUCUUUUUAAAGCUUUUAAAAAGUUUAAGAAAGGGAUUAUUUUGGAGUUGAUGGGGUAUCAGAGGAGCAUGUGGCGCAGCCUGGCCGGAGGAGGAGGAGAAGAGGUUGCAGUGGUGAGGUGCUCAUGUUCAGAGGAGGAGGUGAAGAUCUCCUUCAGGAGCAUCUCUGGCGAUCCGCAGCUCAGACGAGUUCUGGUCCGCCGCUGGUUUGGUGGACUGUCAGUGUCGCUGCUCCUCAGGUACUUAGCUAAACCCUGGGACGAGUGGUUCGCCGAGUCGCCCCGCCUGUCGACCGCCUCCAUCAGCAGUAAUGAGCGCGCUCCGUCAGCCACGCCCUCUGACUGCUCAGACCUGCCGGCGUCGGACCCUCGCCCGGUGAGCCUGAUCUCCACGCUGUCCUCGGGAUCCUCCAGAGACGACAGCCUUGCAACCCCGCCGUCCACCCAAGCCUCCGACCCCGACGUGGACCCGGACCUGAGCCCUGCGGGGUGCUGCGGGGGCGGGGAGGGGUCGAGGCCAUGCCCAGAUUCUGACAGCAAGGGGUGGAGCCUCGGCCUCAUUCACAACAACAACAACAACAAAGAGUCGAGGGUGAGUCGAGCCUCCAGGCGCCCGCAGCAGAGCAGCAUGGCGCCCAACCCUCAGCUGACCUACCUGGACCGCGUCGUCAUGGAGAUCAUCGAGACGGAGAGGAUGUACGUCAGAGACUUGCGGAUGAUCGUGGAGGAUUACCUGGCCCAUAUCAUCGACUGCUCUGAUUUGUCCAUUCGUCCAGAGCAGGUCUGCUCUCUGUUCGGAAACAUCGAGGACAUCUACGAGUUCAACAGCGAGCUGCUUCAGGCUCUCGACCUCUGUGACAACGACCCCGUGGCCGUCGCCCGCUGCUUCGUCAUGAAGAGCGAGUACUUUGAGAUCUACACACAGUACUGCACCAACUACCCCAAUUCGGUUGCAGCGCUCACCGAGUGCAUGAGGAACAAAUCUCUGGCCAAGUUUUUCCGGGAGCGUCAGGCACUGUUGAAGCGAUCGCUGCCUCUGGGUUCGUACUUGCUCAAGCCCGUUCAGAGGAUCCUCAAAUACCACCUGCUGCUCCAGGAGAUAGCGAAGCACUUUGACCCUGAGGAGGAAGGAUACGAGGUGGUGGAGGAGGCGAUCUACACCAUGACGGGCGUCGCCUGGUACAUCAACGACAUGAAGAGGAAACACGAACACGCCGUCAGACUGCAGGAGGUCCAGUCUCUGCUGCUGAACUGGAAAGGUCCGGACCUCACCACCUACGGAGAACUGGUCCUGGAGGGAACCUUCAAAGUUCACCGAGCCAAAAACGAGAGAACGCUGUUCCUGUUUGAUCGCAUGCUGCUCAUCACCAAGCGCCGCGGAGAACACUUCGUCUACAAGACGAACAUCUCAUGCUCAACUCUGAUGCUGAUCGAAAGCGCCAAAGAUUCGCUGAGCUUCAGCGUGACGCAUUACAAACAACCCAAACAGCCCCACACGGUGCAGGCGAAGACGGUGGAGGAGAAGAAGCUGUGGGCUCAUCACAUCAAACGCAUCAUCCUGGAGAACCACCACGCCGUCAUCCCGCAGAAGGCUAAAGAGGCCAUCCUGGAAAUGGAUUCCAUAUAUCCUCCCCGGUACCGCUACAGUCCGGAGCGUCGGAGGAAAGCGGUGGCGGCGUCCUCUCAGUCUGAAGAGUUCCAGCGAGACGCCGGACGAGGACGACGAGCGUCUGAACCGAACAGACUGACGCUUAAACCGGUCGCCACAGAUGCCUCGGAGUUCACACAUAAUCAGAAUCAGAAGGAGUCAGUGUGGCGUCGUUGGCCCGAGGCGUCUGAUGUCCUGCACCCCACAGACUGCCUGGACGAGUCCGAGGUGGAUGGGCCGGAGGAGGAGGAGGAGGAGGAGGAGGAGGAGGAGGAGGAGGAGAGGUUGGACAGGAUCCUGCUGGAGGACGACCAGGUGGACGACUUUUCCAGUUCCGUGCUGGCCGCCAUCUCCUGCUGGCCCUGCGGGCCACCGCCCCCUCUUGUCACCACGGUGACGUUGUUGCAGGAGGCGGAGGGAGGCAGUGUCUCCUCGCACGACUCCAACAACCAAAAUGGACGACUCCCUGACAAAGAUGAUCCGGGUGGAGCCGACCCGACGUCUGAGCAGGCCUCCACAGUUGAGCUCCCACAGGAGAAGACGUCAGACUCUCCUGUGACCUCAGUGUCUCCUCAGAGGUCAGAGGAACUGAAACCUGAAGGAGAUCUGCUGCUGUCCGCCACGCCUGAUUCAGAUUCAAAAGCCUUGAGCAGUGCGGAGUCAUCUGAAGAUGAGGAGGACGACAAGGAGGCCUCAGAGAAAGAGGGCGAAGCCUCUAGCAUCCUUCCAUCCUCUGUUCUGGACAAAGCCAGCUCCAUCGCCCAGCACUUCACGAACAGCAUCAAACGAGGCAGCGCCCAGGACGACACCCGCUCCCUCAGCUGUGCUUCACCGCGGUUACCCAGCAGAACCGGCAGCAUCCUCAGCCUCAGCAUGGAACCCAAAGACCAACCUUUAAGACUCAACAGUGUCUGUUGUGAUCCCGCAGAGACCUUCGGCACAACAGAUUUGACCCUGCUGUCUCCCCGGGACGAUAGCCUCUUUGACGCUGACAGAAGCAUUCAACGGAGGCGGGACUCCAUCCUGUCCAAGCAGGACCAGCUGCUCAUUGGCAAAAUCAAGAAUUACUAUGAGAACGCGGAGAGCCAGGAUGCCACCUUCAGCCUCCAGCGCAGAGAGAGCCUGACAUACAUCCCGACCGGGCUGGUCAGGAGCUCGGUCAGCCGGCUCAACAGCAUUCCAAAAGACAGAUCUGUCUCAAGAAAUCCCUCCACCUCGACCACAUCCUCUGCAGAGUCACACUCAGCUGUACCCACGGACGCCUGGGAUCACAUGGUCUCCAGUGACUCUUUGGACUCUUUGAAGUCUGAUCAGAGAAGCACAGAUCCAGAAGAUUCAGGAGAAAUCCCCAGGUCCAGACCUCAGAAUGAUCCAUCUGAGGAUCAAGAGUUCAGACCUUCAUCUGAAAUGAUCAAGAUCUGGCAGGCGAUGGAGCAAGAGAUCGCCACUGACGAACAAUCCAGAGAAGCCCAGAGAAAUCCUCGAGCUACCAACUCGACAAAGAUGCCAAAGAAGAGCAGUGACCGAGAGAGUGAAGCGGCUGAACUCAGCACCAUCACAGAGGAGUCCACGAGUCCUUCACCCCUCAAGUCCAAAUCCACAGGCGUGAAUCGUACAGGAAGUCCUCAGGCCGUCGUCCUCAGGCCUCCAGUUUCUCGGGUCACCCAGCUGAAGGCGGAGGCCGAGGGAGAAAGGCCCAGCGGCGAUUCAAACCACUUGGACGACGCAGACAAAAAUCUGAGUAAAGUCCUGAAUCUGGCUCGUCAGUACAGCCAGCGAAUAAAAACGACCAAACCAGUGGUCCGACAGCGGAGCCAGGGCGCCCUGAUCAGCAAGAGGAGCUUAUCCUGUGUGGUGGAGGAGAAGGAGGGUUCAAGUAAACCCAAACUGGCACUGAUGCUGGUUUCUCAGCAUCAGGAUUUCACUCUACCGCUGAGCCCCAUAGACCAGAUCCAAUCUCCGACCCCCAUUGUCGCCUGCAGUUCAGGUGUGGUCUCCAGCUCAGGUGUGGUCUCCAGCUCAGGUGUGGUCUCCAGCUCAGGUGUGGUCUCCACCUCAGGUGUGGUCUCCAGCUCAGGUGUGGUCUCCACCUCAGGUGAGGUCUCCAGCUCAGGUGAGGUCUCCAGCUCAGGUGAGGUCUCCACGGGUCAGACUCGUCCCCUCAGUCCUUCUACUCCCAUCGAGGGCUUUGACUGGCCCGAUGUCCGAGAGCUCCGCUCAAAAUACUCCGACCAGAGUAGUUCUGUCGGCCGGAGUCCCUCCAUCCCGGAGCACAUGUUUGAUGGGGGGCUGAGGAGGCACUCCAGCUGCUCCUCCAGCCUCUUCCUCACUGGAGGAGCUUCUGGCGAAGGUCCUUCAUACAAGACUCGCAGCCGCCAGGACGCCAGGCGAGACGAGCGCAGCAAACGGCUUCACCGAGCCAAUUCACUUGACCCUUGGCUGAGCGGAGCACAAACAACUGAGCUGCAGAACCUCCAGGACCAGGUUGCCCACAGCGACUAUGACGGUUACUUCAUCGCAGUGGAGACACCGUUACCUAACGACCCAGAACACAAGAUCAUUGUCAUGGAGAAACUUCCAGAGCCUGAAUCUGAAACAAACACAGAAUCCAAACAAGAAGAAGAUGACAACUACGUUCAGAUCCGUUCACCAACCAGCCGAGAGAAGAUCUCCAUCAUGGCCGUCAUCGACCGCUGCCGGGCCUAUCAGGAUUCUGAUGAAAACAAACAGAGAGAGGAAGCAAAAGCUAAGAUUGAGUUGGCGAGGCCUCAAGAGAUCGACAAGGCGGCGGCGGCUUCCACUGGUCAGGAUGACGAGUCCCAGAAAACAAAGUGUGGUCAGAAGAGCAUCGUGAAGAACCUGAGAGAACGGUUCCAGAGCCUGAGCUGAGGAACAAGAGCACGAGAAAAGUUUUUAUUAAAACUGAAAGACAUUGUUUCGAAACUUGACCCCAAAGAUUUAUACACAAACUGUUCAUACGUUUAAAGGUGACCAGAUGGUCCGUCAACGCUUUUACCAGCAAGAACAACAUUCUGACUCUAAACUGUUAACAGCAGGUGAGACA